AUGAUCCGUCUCGAGACUCAGUUUUUUAAUCUGAAUAAGAUUCUUCUGCUCACUAUUGGACUAUGGCCUUAUAGACAAUCGUAUUUCACUCGACUUCAAUUUAUUUUUUUGUCUACUAUUUUAACGACAAGUCUUAUAUUUCAGUGUACGCCAUUAAUAUCACAAAAAUGUACUCCGAAUUUCGUCGCCAAAGUUUUAUCUUCCGCAUCUUUCUUCGCUCUCUUUGUGAUAAAAUAUAAUAUGUUUUGUAUCAAUAUCGAAACUAUGAAAGAUUUACUGGAGCAGCUACAGCAUAUAUAUAAUAAAUUAAAAGACAAAAAUGAAUUUGCUAUUAUAGACGAAUAUAGAUCUAGUGUCAAACGUUGUACUACUGUACUUACACUAUAUGGUAUUUGCAGCAUAUGUGCUCUGAUAUUGUGCUCAUGUUUGCUCUUAUCUGAGUUUUGGUCGAAAAUCCUCGACGUUAUAUUACCAAUAAACGUAUCUCCAUCGCGUAGCUUACCAAUUACAAUGGAAUACUUCGUCGAUCAAGAAACAUAUUUUUAUUGGAUUCUGUUACAUAUCAAUGUAUCGUACUGCAUCGGGGCAACUGCAAUGGUAGGAAUAGGAACGACGCUUAUUGCGUAUCUCCAAUACACCUGUGGUAUGUUUAAAAUUUCCAGUUAUCGCAUUAAACGUGCUGUGAACAUUAAUACUUUAAAAAAUACUAAACUUAAGAAUGGAGUUUCAACAUUGCAAGAAAUAAUUAGUGCCAUAGAUAUUCAUCGGCAAGCUAUAAGAUUAUCCAAACUUUUGGUAUCAAAAAUUGAGAAAAUGUUGUUCUGCUUAAUAAUUGUCGGAGUGGUUUGUUUGAGUCUUAAUCUCUUUCAAAUUGCGUCAUAUGAAGAUAAUAUCAAAGAAAUUUUAUUUCCCUUCAUAUUUGUAACUAUUUGUAUCACAUACAUGUUUGUAGCCAAUUAUGUUGCUCAAGAUAUAACAGAUCACAAUAGUGACUUCUUUGCUGCUGUGUAUGACGUUAAGUGGUAUGAAGCUCCGUUACAUAUACAGAAAUUGAUAUUAUUUCUGUUGCAAAAAGGAGCCAAAGAUUUUACUGUAGGUGUCGGUGGACUAUUUGUCGGAUCGUUGGAAUGUUUUGCCACGUUGGUAAAAGCUUCGGUUUCUUAUUUUACUGUCAUAUAUUCAACGCAAUAA